AAGGGUUAAAAGCUAUACUAUUUAUGCACCUUUAUGUUUCAACAGAAUUAGGGUACGUAAUUUCACAAAUUAUAGAAGGUGAAUUUUAAACGUUUUUGUUUUUCCAUGUUUGCUAAGAACAUGGUUGGCCACAAUUUAUGUCAAUGCCUUAUUAGAAUAAUGUCUUGUUUUUGGACGAAAUUAUAGGAAUAUUGUUGAAAAUACAUUAAGGAAAAUCAAUCAACUAAAAAUUGUUAUUAAGGAAAUGGUUACAGAGCUCUUGUUGUUGAUCAUGAUCACAUUCAUGAGGCUACUAUACAAAGAAAAUUAGCAGGCAGCUAUGAAAUAAACGUAAAGGAAAUCUACUACACAUUUCUUGUUUUUCCACCACUAUAUAAAAUUGGGAUUAAAACAAACCUUUUCCUGGGUUUGAAAAAAGAGGACAAAAAAACAAAAAAAAAAAAAAAAAAAAAAAAGAGAGAAAAACAGAAACAAAAGAAAAAAAAAAAAAAAUGGCUGCAGAAUCAUUUCCCAUGAUUGGAGGAGAUGGCCCUUAUAGUUAUUCUAAAAAUUCAAAUCUACAGAGAGAAGCAGCCGAAAAUGCCAGGGAAAUGCUGGUCUCUGCCAUAGUUGAAAACCUUGACAUUGAAAAAGAACUGUGUCCCAUUUCAAAUACUUUCACAAUUGCCGAUUUAGGCUGUUCUACCGGACCAAACACAUUCAUUGCAGUCCAAAACAUAAUUGAAGCUGUAUCACAAGCAUUCCAAACCAAAAACCAAUCUCAAAUCCCUGAUUUCCAAGUCUAUUUCAGUGACCAUGUCUCAAACGAUUUCAAUAUUCUCUUUGCAAAUCUUCCAAAAGAUGGCAAAUAUUUUGCAGCCGGAGUUCCGGGUUCUUUCCAUGGAAGAUUGUUUCCAAAAGCUUCUCUUAGUUUUGUUUACUCCUCUUAUGCUCUUCAGUGGCUUUCAAAGGCACCCCAAGAGCUAAGGGAUUCAAACUUGCCGGCUUUCAAUAAAGGAAAGAUAUUUUAUACUAAUGCUGCUGAUGAAGUUGGUCAGGCUUAUUUUGGUCAGUACUCUGAGGAUUUACUCUGCUUUCUUGAUGCUCGAGCACAAGAGCUAACUCCAGGUGGGUUAAUGGCGCUUCUCAUACCAGGACGUCCUGAUGCUACAUUACCUGCAAAUUCAUCACUUGGCCCGAUUUUCGAACCAUUCGAAUCUUGUCUUGUAGAUAUGGCUAAUGAGGGAUUAAUAAGCAAAGACAAAAUCGACACCUUCAACUUGCCCAUGUACAGUCCAUCACCAGAGGAGCUGAGGAAAUUAAUACAGAAAAAUGGAUGUUUUGAAAUCGUUAAAUUGGAUGAGCAACCUGGAGGCAGUGUUCCUUUGCCUAGUGCUGAAGGGUGCAGAGCUGGGUUAGAAACCCUAAUCAGCAAUCAUUUUGGAAGUGAAAUCAUUGAACAAUUUUUUGAUCGCUACGCAAAGAAAGUUGAAGGUCGUCCUCCAUUGAAUUCUGCUAUCGAUGGUGUUGGUCCCGGACUUUUCAUCUUAUUAAAACGCAAUCUCUGAUAUUAUAGUUCAUCUUUCGGUUUAAUAAUGUGCACAAAAGAAUGAUGGUUUGACACCUAUUAUAUUGCCAUGUCUCAUAUUUUAAAAAGAAUGAUGGUUUCCUUAUAUGAUGAUGAUAUAUUGGUCAAUUUCAGUUAUGAUGUUAUGUGAGUCGUUAUCUAUAUAUAUGUGUCCUGUAAUAAACAAUGAUGUUACAUAUUGGUAAUAGUUGUUGUGGAGUUGUGAGAAGUGAUAUUGAUGUUUCGAUGGGCAGAUUCAACUGCUUAUUUUGUGGUUUACCCAAAAAAAAAAAAAAAAAAAAAUUGCUUAUUUUGUGAUUUUAUGUUUCGUUGUGCCAUUGAUUUGUCAUUUUGUUUGGACUCCUCCAUCAGUAAGUAAUUCACAGAUAAAUAAUUUGCACUCUGGUUUUCUAAGAAAUCUAAAUAGGUUUUCUGUAUCUCAAUAGUUCUUGUUGUCACUUAUGGAUUGUGGUCAUAGCUAAAAUUUUUUAAUACCUCAACAUUAUCUUUCAUGUUCAAAAUUAUCAACGAUCAGCAUUAAAAAUUAAGAAAAAUGCUUUGUUGAAUGUUUCUUUUUCCAAUAAAAUUAUAAGUUGAUAGAUCUAACUUUGAUUGGUGCAGCCCCUUUUUGACUAAGUACCACCUAACUAUGAACCUUCAUGUCAAAAGGAGCUUGGAAUAUUGCAAAAGUAAAUAUCUAAGAUAUUUAUUAAAAAAAAAGUAAAUAUCUAAGAUAUUGAUAUGAUAAGUACUAUAGCUACCAUAUUGUAAUAUGGUCAAUUAAAAUAAGAUUCUCAAUCUGGACAUAUUUCUUCCAAACCCCUUGUUAUAAAAUAUAUAAAUAUAUAUAGGUGAAUCAAGAAGUAUUUACUAGUAACUAUAGUUGCAUAGUCGAUCAUUUUGGGGGUAGAGAGAGAGAGAGAGAGAGAAUAGUGAAGGAAAUAAAAGCAUGGAAAUCUCUGAAGCAUAUCCAAUGAAUGGCGGAGAUGGCCUCCAUAGCUACGCCAAGAACUCCACUCCCCAG